AUGCCGAGGGAGGGAAACUGUUGCGCCUGGGCUGCCGCCGCCUCGUUAGAUGAACAAAAUCCGGAAGCUUUUCCGAGGCAGCGGGCGAGCCUUGGCCUUUAUCUUCGCUGCCUCGGUCAUCUGGCUGCUCUUUGACAUGGCAGCCCUCAGGUUUUCAUUCAGCGAGGUCAACACCCAGGUCCUGAAAGAAGAGGUGGUCAGGAGGGAGAGGGAGAGAUUCCGAGCCUGGCGGAACUCAGAGGAGAGCCUCGACGAGUUCAGAGAAGAAUCCGAGGCGCUGCCGCUACCCCCGAGAGGGUUGGGAAGCGACCUUGAGCGGGAUGGUAACAGGAAGCGCCAGGAGGAUGCUGGAGUGGCAGGGGCUGACGGACGGGACAAAGGCAAGAAGAGGCAGAAACUCCUCGCCCAACUGAGGCGCGCAACACCGCCCAAAGCAGCAGCCACCACCACCGCGGACAGCAGGAUUGGCCUGCACGGGACAAUCCCGGUCACGGUGUGGCGCCGGCCUCAGCCCUCCUCGGUUCCCGCGGAGGAGAAAGCGAGGGGGCCAGUCAACUCCACCAGCCGGCUGCAAGCAACGCCGCCUCUUCCCAGGGGGUCUCCACAGAGUCCCUCUGCAGCUGCCGCGGGGCGGCCGCUUGGCACCAGCAACAACUUGACGCGCAGUCGGGCUCCUGCCGUCCGAGGCAAAGCCAUUCCGAAAGUGCCGGAGCCGCUCACGAGGGGAUCCAGGGGGAGGAAGGAGGUUUUGUUUGAAGCUGGAUUAGGGGAGAAAGACUCCCUGGCUGCUGGGUUCCAGCGGGAAUUGCCAACUGGGAGCAAACCUGAGGGGUCUCAGGACAGCCCGGGGCUGGGGCUAGGGCGAGUGCCAGACUUCCCCGCGAAAAGGGCCGGGGGGGUCGCGAGGCUCGGAGACGUGCGUGAAGCGGCAGGGAACUUGGGUUUUCCUGCCGGCAAGUCGGCUCUUUCAGCUGCAGCCCAGGAGGAGAAGCAGCAUGGGAGGUCUCAGGAUGCAACAGGUCCAGGAAAGCUGCCAGAGGAGGAGGAGCCCAGAGUUGCCCGGGCAAAGGAAGUGCCUUGGGCCAACCAAGUCGUUCUUAUAAGCAAGGAGGGAGCGCAGGUGGUUUUCGCGACCUCACAGGCCCUCCAAGCCGAUGCCCGAGGAAACGGAUCCGUGGGAAAGAAGGCACGAGCGACGGCCGACCGGAGCGAAGAGAACCUGAGAGCUACGGCUGCGACCAAGGCGGCCGGUCUGAAGGUGGCGGCGGCCCCACAAGCGAUUCCAGCCGAAAAAGCCGAACUAGGGGACGUGGACGGCGGGGUCGAUAAGGGCCAAUUAAAGGAAAUCGCUGGGAUCCAUUUCACCGAAAAUGCCAAAGUGCACAGAGUGUUGACCAUUGAUAGGACGUUGUCCCCAAGGGACCCCAAAGCGCUGGGUCAGUUUGGGCGCCCCGCUGUGGUCCCGGGUGAGAAGCAAGAAGAGGCGAAAAGGAGGUGGAAGGAGGGGAACUUCAAUGUCUACCUCAGUGACCUCAUUCCAUUAGACAGGGCCAUCGAGGACACAAGGCCCGCUGGAUGUAAAGAUCUUCUUGUCCACAAUGACCUUCCCACCACGAGCAUCAUCAUGUGUUUUGUUGACGAAGUGUGGUCUACUCUUCUGCGCUCUGUUCACAGUGUCCUCAACCGUUCCCCUCCUCAGUUUAUCAAAGAGGUUAUUCUGGUGGAUGACUUUAGCACAAAAGCUUACCUCAAGGACAAAUUAGACCAGUACAUGGCCCAGUUUCCCAAAGUCAGGAUCCUUCAUCUCAAAGAAAGACAUGGUUUAAUACGAGCUAGACUGGCUGGAGCAGAGAUUGCCAAAGGUGAUAUACUGACAUUCUUAGAUUCUCAUGUCGAAUGCAAUGUAGGGUGGCUGGAACCACUCCUGGACAGAAUCCAUUUAAACAGGAGGAAAGUUGCAUGUCCAGUUAUUGAAGUCAUCAGUGACAAAGACAUGAGCUACAUGACUGUGGACAGCUUUCAACGUGGUAUUUUUACAUGGCCAAUGAAUUUUGGGUGGAAGCCAAUUCCUCCAGAUGUCAUUGAGAAAAAUAAGAUUAAGGACACUGAUAUCAUUAGGUGUCCUGUGAUGGCAGGUGGGUUAUUUUCUAUUGACAAGAAGUAUUUUUUUGAACUUGGGACAUAUGAUCCUGGCCUCGAUGUUUGGGGAGGUGAAAACAUGGAGAUCUCGUUCAAGGUUUGGAUGUGUGGUGGGGAAAUUGAAAUCAUCCCAUGUUCCAGAGUGGGCCACAUUUUCAGGAAUGACAACCCCUACUCCUUCCCUAAAGACCGCCUUACCACAGUGGAGCGGAAUUUGGCCCGGGUUGCAGAGGUUUGGCUGGAUGAAUACAAAGAUCUUUUCUAUGGACACGGUUAUCACCUCAUCCAAAAAAACCUGGACGUUGGGAACUUGACUCAGCAGAGAGAACUGAGGAAGCGGCUUCAGUGCAAAAGUUUCAAAUGGUAUCUGGAGAACGUCUACCCUGACUUAGACGCCCCCCUUGUUAAAGCUAGCGGGCUGAUUAUUAAUAUAGCAUUGGCUAAAUGCAUCACUGUGAAUGGAUCUAGUCUGGUCUUUGAGACAUGUGAUGUUAAUAACAAGAACCAAAAGUUCAACUAUACUUGGCUGAGAUUGAUCCAGCAUGGAGACUCCUGCAUGGCAGUGACUGAUGCUAAAGGGACACUGGGCCUGCACCCUUGUGAUAAACGAAACAAUAGCCUGAAAUGGUUGCAUAAAUCACUGGUAGCUUUUCAUCAGGAACUUAUGGAUCACGUUGUUUUAGAACACCUUCCACGGGCCACAUGUUUGGAAGUGGAUCAGUCUCAGGAAGGCCUGAAGGCAAACAUUUGUUCCUCCUCCAAUCUUUAUCAGAAGUGGCAGUUUGGAAAUUAUUAUGCUGACUGAAGAAAAAGAUGAGCAAGCUGGACAGGAGAGCCGCUUUGUAUUCCGGUGAUUUUAAAAGUGACAGCUGUGAAACUUCUGAUAGCAGCAAGUACAAAACUGCCAGUUCCCUUCCAAGCCACAAUUGAAGCCUGUCACUUUUAAAGAAGCAUAUGACGAAAACAGAAGAUGGAGCAAGAGAACAGCUGGUUUAAUGUGGAUUAAUAAUGCAAGCCAGGCACACUGCCCCAAAGGACACCUGGCAGGAAUCUGACGGGGGCAGGGGAAUCAUUGAUUUACAUGCUAAAACGUAACGCAAACUGUAGGGCUCAGCGCUCUGUUUGGGGCUUUUUUAAAAAAAGUGACUAAUUUCAUUGGUCUCUCUCGUCUCCUACAUUUAGAAUGCCAGCCUUGAGAAUUACAUGUCUAAAACCUGCAUCUCCAAAUGCACGGCCUGAGUACAGGAGUCGACAGCUACCAAACUGGAUUGAUUGUGGCUGCCAGGAGAAGACGCAGCCCGCACUUCAAGGCCAUGGCAAAAAUCUGAGUUUAUUAUGGGGGGUAGGAGAAGGGUUGAAAAUGUCUUACAAGACAAGGAGGGCAGGCACAUACAUAUCUGAUAUUUAAUAAGUGAUUAUAACUAAUGCUCUAGGCACAAACACACACACACACACCUUUUAAGCAAAUUAAUCUUGACUGUUUCCAGAAGCAGACGUUGGGACCAAGUUUUGAAUAUCCUUCCUCCCCCAGCCAUGAAACUCUUUCCCCUCCUCCUAAGAACAUUGAAAGUGGCUCCCUUGUUCCAAGCAAAUGCACAAUUUGCAUGUCCUCUCCCUGUAUGUGAAGAGGAGUGUGUGUUGGGUGAAGCAUUCAGUUCUCCCACCUGCAAUCUGUAGUGGCACAGUCCAGCAACAGAUUCAAUAAGUGAGGCUGUUGGCUGUGGUCUGUAGGGAUUUUCAGGUGUAUUCCUUGGCACAUUUAAUCUUUGUGCACAGGAGAAUGUGGGGCCUUGCCCUGACCUCCAAUAUCCUUGCAUUCAAUAUUUCAUAAUCAAACCUCCAACAUCCAUGCACAUCUAUAAGUGUCAGUGGGACUGCUCUGGAGUAAGAGGCUUGAGGAUUAGCAUUCUCUGUCUCAGAACAUCACACUGAAGCUGUACCUCACAAUACAAGCUUCAAUGACAGCCCAGCUUUCAUCAUCCAUAAUGUUUACAGUCUUUUACAAGUCUGUUUUAUGUCCAAGAGAGCCUCUGUAUAAUGUUACCAUGACAUCAUGUAUCAACACUGACAAUGUUUGACAAGUUGAGCCUGCCAAAAUAUUGAUUUGCCUAACAGACUUCACAGUCAGCUUCAUUCCCAACUGUCUUUCUGAUUCCCUCCCACCCAACCCCAUCUUUCAGUAUUGCUACCCUGCAGUCACCAUCAGAAAAAUUACACAGAUAUUGUCUGUGCACUCCUGUUUGAUCAAGAGCAUGAAUUUCAUUACAUUCUGUGCACUGACAUUCCAUCAUUUGUCAUUUAGCAGGCACAGAGUGGCCAUAUGUCAUAGUCACAUUGCAUUUCCCCCAUGCCAUUUGUAAAAUGUUCACUUCAGUCUUAGUUUUGCUUAUGCUUUAAAGAGCAUUUUGUGUGUUCCCUCUGGACUGUUGGCACCUUCCCAAAAAUGUAGUAUUAGGAAAAACACAGAGAUUGUAACCAAACAGCCUUUUCUUGCAGAAAUGAGAAUCAUGUUGGCUAAAUAUAUGUAAAAUAUUCACAAUAGUCUUUGAACAAGAUGAGAUCUCCUAGAACCCACAAUAUAAGAACAUGCACCUGUGUCAUUCCUCCAUCCCAGUGUUCACGAUGCAAAUGGAAAUGACUUCAAAUAAACGUGUCCACCAUUUACAGUGAACCUUAUAUCCUAGCUUGGGCAGCUCUUACAAGCAGGGAUAAGGUACCACCUAUUUUGCAGCCAUGCACGGCGUUGACUUUUUUGGUGAUGGAAGGUGGGAAAGGGCAAUCAUUAUAGACUUUCAGACAUCAAAAACAAAAUGGAAAACUGAUGCCAUGUUUGGAAGCAAUACAUGACAGUAAUGGGUACAAAAUUCCAGUGGUCCAACACUUACUGGCAACUAGCUUGCACAAGAGGGCAGGAAGGAUAUUCUGUCACCUCUCCCUAUGCACAUUGCUGGAAGGAAGAGACCAAAUCAAAACACAGCAGUGAGGACUGAUCCCCCUCUCUCUGUCCUCAAAGCUAUCUUCUAGAAAACCAGACUGGCCCCCAAGUUUUGCAAGUGUUUGUGCACCCCUGGUCAGAAACAUGCCAAGGCUGCCUUGUGUCCACUUUAGCCUAGGCUCCCUGCACCUAUCUCCAUAGGCCCAUGAGAGCAUCCAAAUUUCUGAGAAUUAAUCAAAGCAUUAUAUGUGUGGCCAACAGCCCCUUUCCCUUUCUUUUAAGCAUUAAUGGAGCUGUGUGCACAAUUAACCAGUUCAUGCAAGCUUUGCAUGCACAAAAUGCAAUGCCUAUGUGUGUGGGUUUUUUGGAGUGGGUGGGGCAGAUAUGAAUAAACACUUUUUUGAUGCCAGAAUGAUAUACUACUUUAAAAAAUGAGGUUUCCACCUGUGCAAUAGUGACCUUGUGAUUAUCUAACCAAUAUAUGGGCUAGCACUGUCAACUUUAACAAUAUCCCACUUCUCCAGAUAGGUGAUCAGUGCUGUUAACCUUGACAGUAUCAAUCAUCAGCUUGUUGCCGCAUACCCAUUCUCAAUCCAGUCUGAAGCUCCAUUAAAAUUAAUAGGAUUUUGGUUAGAGGCAGCUGACUUGUCCCCUUGGUUCCAAUGUAACUUAAGCCCAACUACAUUUUCUCUGGACUCAGCCACGUUUCCCACUCCAGUGUCAAGAAUUACAUGUGAAGCCCAUCCAUUUGUGUAUGCAGAAAAAGACAAUGUGUGAAGCAAUCCUGAGAUGAAAGCAUCUAUCUUUUUAAAAUAAGGAGCGUCCUGUUAUUCAAAGGUUAGUACUUCGCUAAACUAAGAAAUCAAGGGCCUGUAGUGAUGCUCUUCUUCUCUAUCUACAUAAUCUGCAAGGGAAUCACGGCCUUUUAAGGAAACUUGAACAUUUUUCUGUGUCACUGAAACAGCACAAGUAGGUGCAUUAGUGACCAAACUCUUGAUUGCACCCAGUUGUGUUAUCUUUUAUUUAAUACAGAUUGAUCCAGAUGUAAUUUAAUGAUGAAUCCUGUAAAUGUUUCAGUCUCAAAGUUAAAAUUCAUUUGUUUUAUUUUAUUAUCUUGGGGCGGGUGGAAUCUGUAUAAGCAUCCAGUGAAAAAAUGUGCAAUGACUUUUUGGGCACACCUGUCCACUGUGAAUUUUAAUUAUGUAUUAUGCAAUGUAUAUAGCUCAGAGAUUAUCCCCCAUCUGCAUACAAACUCAAAGGGUGACUUAAUUCCUUAUUAUUUUAAACAGGCUGUAUAUAUUUUCAAAUGUGAGCAGAUGACUGUUAUAUAAUACAAUUUGUGGGGUUUGUGUUUUCAUAUCCUUCCUAUCUUUUCUUCAUUUUGUUCCGUUAUCUAUAGGUAGCAGCAGUAAUUCUACAGUCUGAAGAUUGUUAUGUAUUUCAAACAAAAAUG